CAACAACAAGGCUGAUAGUUCUGGUGAUGCUGGGGAAGCCAGUAAACCCACAGAGAUGCAGACACAGCGAAGAAAACGGAUCUCCACCAUGCCAAACCUUGUCAAACCCAGAGCCGGACCUUCAUCUGCUCAGCAUUCUACACCAAAACCAUUGCAGAGGCGAACGUCACAGGCUCCUGAUGGUAGUGCUGCCCUUCAGAAGGACUCCUCGCCCUCAGAAAAGAGUCAUGUUGAAAGCUCUUUAAAGUCUCCUAUGCUUCCUGAGAAGAAAACACCUGUGCCACAAGUGCCACAGUUUUCCCCACUAAAGAAAUCAAUGCACAAAGAGCAAACUGUAGGUGUAGCUGCUCAAAAAAAUGAUGAUAACUUGCAGAAGAAUAUACCCUCUCCUCUUAAGGAGAGACCAACACAGGAAAGAUCACGAACACAGGAGGAAAGACUACCCAUGAAACCUUCUCCUGAAGAGGAGAAGCGAACGUGUUCUGACCGUGAAAGGAUCCUUAAAGCUCGGAAGUUAAGAGAAAUGCUGAAAGAAGAGCUAAAGAAAGAGCGGAUGCAGUUGAAACACAGGCCUCCAGUAAUUGAAGGACGUUCUCCACCAGAUCGUUCCAAAAUGACUAUGAGAGACUUGAUAUACUAUCUGCCAGAAAACAAUCCUAUGAAGUCUUCAUUGGUAGAAGAAAAGAGGACAGAAAAAACCUCUGCACUGGGUCAAAUGAAAGAGCAGGAAGAGAAAAGUACUGACCGUGAAGAAGAGGAGGAACAAGAGGAGAAUGGGGAGGAGAGUCAGGAUGGUCCACUUCUGGUUCCUCGUGUGAAAGUAGCAGAAGAUGGUUCAAUUAUUCUGGAUGAAGAAAGCUUAACUGUAGAAGUUCUAAGAACAAAAGGUCCAUGUGUUGUAGAAGAAAAUGAUCCCAUCUUUGAGCGUGGUUCUACAACUACAUAUUCCAGCUUCAGGAAAAGUUUUUACACGAAACCAUGGUCAAAUAAAGAAACAGACAUGUUCUUUUUAGCUAUCAGUAUGGUAGGAACAGACUUCUCCUUGAUUGGGCGGCUCUUUCCUCACAGAGCCAGAGCAGAAAUUAAGAACAAGUUCAAACGUGAGGAAAAAGCUAAUGGAUGGAGAAUAGACAAAGCUUUCAAAGAAAAACGUCCCUUUGAUUUUGAGUUCUUUGCCCAGCUUCUUGAUAAAGUCUUAGCAGAUGAGGAAAAGAGGAAGCAAAAGACUGUUAAAAGCCAAAAGCCAAAGGAAAAGAAGCCACCAAGGCCUCAGAAAAAGUCAAAAGCAAAAGCUGCCAGCACAGAAAAUGCUAAUGAUCAAGGGGAUCUUCAGGACACUAGGAUGUCUGAUGCAGAAACAGUAGCAGAUGGUGUGAUGGCUGAGAAAGAAAAUGAGGAGUCUUUGGGCAUUUCUAAACAGGCAGAAGAAGAGGUUGAAAUAGAGCCAGCACUAUCAAAAAAGAAGAGGAAGAAGAAGCGAAAAGAUGAUAAUGAGCAGGAAGUGGAGAAUAUUCCAGAAGAAAUAGCUGAAUUCUCUUCAAAAAUUGCUGAAGAAGGGAAAUCCACUAAGAAAACAGGGAAAAAGGUGGCUUAUGAUGCAAGCAAUGACGGUCACACUACCCGCGGAGGAGAACUGGAUUGUGUUAUUGAAGGCAAACAAGAUGAGACUGCUGUUAGUGAGGAAGAGAGAUUGGAGUCCUGUUUGGCAGCGACUGACAGAAUGGAGAGAGAAGGUGGUGUCAGUUUCUGCAGCUUUGAAGACAGCAAUGAUUUUAUACUAGAAACAGAAUCUGCUAAAUUGAGAACUGGAGAUAUUAAAGAUGAUACAUCACAGGAAAGCCAGGUUUCAGAGUUACACGUUUCAAGGACUGGAAGCAAAGAAAGACAAUCUGAAGAAACUGGAGGAACAGAGAAUGAAGAUGUACAUCACUUACAUAGACUAGAUGGAAUGCAGAGUGCAUCAGAAAGUGGUUCUCAGUCUGAAGUGAUGAAAACUGAAAGGUCAGCAAACAGAAGGCGCUUGCAAAGACCUAAACCCAAUUUAGUGAGAUCAUCUGGAAGGAGAGAGACAGCGAUGCAAGACAAAAUGGAGGCUGAGACUUCCUCUCCAAACCUUGGGAAUGCAGAUGAAAAGUGCUCUGAGGAAGACAGUAAAAGAGACAGAAAUGAAGCCACAGAAGUAGAGAACAGAGAUUUGGAUACUGAAUCUGAAGAACCUGAAAAAACUGCAACUGCAAAGGCAGUAGUUAGAGGAUAUCGACAGAGAUUUAAACCUAAUGUUGCAAGAGCAUCUAGAAGGAGAGAAGAGCCUGAGAAAGAUGCAGGAAAUUGUAAAGUGCCCCAUCUACAGCCUAAGGAGGAAACUGAAAAGAAUACUGACCAAAUUAAUAGGUCUGAUGUUACCAGUGAAGAAGCUGCAGAAAAAGAUGACAAAGUCCUGGAGGCAGUGGCUCAGUCUAAUGAAACAGCUGGAUUACAGGAAGGCAGCAGACAGAGUGUGCUGAAGCCAACACCUCUAAAGAGAGCCAGAGUGCAGAGGCUGAAACUGAAUCUAGGAAGAACUGUUGCAAGGCAGAAAGAACGGACAGAUUGGAAAGAUCCUGAAGAAGAGGCAACUGAAGGUGGAGCAGUAGAAAAAGGCGUGAUACACCACAGAGAUGAAAACAAUGAUCUAUGCCUCAAAAGUGAUUUGGCAGUUCAUGAAGACACUCAGCCAUGCAACGCAAUGUUAGAAGGGGAUGUUUCUACAGUAUCGGAGAUGAACUCAGUGUAUACAAGGCACUGUUUCCAGGAAAAGUCCUCAGAAGCAGAAAUCUGUGAAAGUGAAAAGGGAUUGUCAGAUGUCUUGAAACAGGUUUCAGAUUUCAAUACAGGGCAAUCUGACCCUCAGAAGGAAGAGGAGAAAGCCCUUGUGUUAUCAGGUCGGCUGCUCAGAAGUCGAUUCCAGAGACCAAAGCCAAAUUUAGGAGUGACUACUAGUAGAAAGGAGGUGCUGGAUGUAAAUAAUGGUGUAUCACAGAAAGAUACCAGCAAGGAGAAGAGUUUAACACGGUCUGACAGUGAAUGUAGCAUCUUUCCUGAUACAGAAAAAACAGGAAAAUAUGAAGUCCUGAAACCACUGGAAUCCUUAGGAAGGGAGAAGUCACUUCAGUUUCAGGAGGUAUCUGAGAGGCCAAGUUGUACAUCUCCCAAAACACUUUCAAGAUCAGAGGAUGAUGAAGUCCAGUUUUGUCUACCUGAAAUUGACCAAGACGAUAUCUCCACUACUAAGGCAGGCAUUGAUAGCAAAUACAGCACUGACAAAGAAAGUAAACAAACACCUCUUCCACCUAUCCAGUCAGUGCAGAGCAGUUUCCAGAGGUACAAGCCAAAUUUGGUAAGAGCUGUUGGAAAGAAGGAGUUGCGAGUGUCAGAAAAGGAGGGGAAGAAAAAGCCUGAAGCAGAGCACUUGGUAUUGCAAAAAGAAGAGUUUGCCAAUACUGACAUUGGUGAAAAUGACUCUAUAUUGUAUGAAGCAGAUGCAUUGAGCAAAGAGGAACAGGAACAGCAAGAGGUGUCUCAGAUGCCCUCUAUUUCUGAAAACAUAGUAUGUGAACAAAGCAGGUCCAAUUAUAAAUUAAGUUCUGGAGAAGAAAGUGAACAGAGAGCAAUGGAACCCCACUGGAACCAAAGGCCAAACCUAAUGAGCCUUACUAGAAGAAGACAUUGUCCUGAAGAAGGUGAAAACAGAGAAGACAACACUGAGAAAAGAAGUGAAGAGGGUUUGGUGUUAAAAACAGGGGUUUCAUUGGUAAGUGCUGAUUACUUGUUUUGA